AGGCGGCUAUAAAGUGAUCUCCGUUGUUCUCCUUCCAUUGCUCGAGAUCUCACAGUUUUCCUUAAUAAAUCUUUCUUGUUCCAAGUUUUUUGUCUCACCCACUCUCUCCCAUUGAUUCAAAUCGAAGAGAAACUUGGCUUUUUAAUGCCCCUUUUCAUAUUUUUUUUAAUCUGCUUCUUUCACCAACGAGCUUGAUUCCUCUGUUAUUUUUGGGCAAUUAAGCUAAGUAUCCACUGAAACAUGUGGAGGAAUUUAUCUAAACAAGUUUCUCCAAGAAAGAUAAUUUUUUACUCCGAAUCCUCUUGCUCUUGUUUACCUUCUUCUUCUUCGUCAUCCAGUUCUGGAAGGUGUUUUCGAGACUCGAAUUUUCUCGAGAAAAUCAGACCUUCCGAGUCGCCUAAAGGUGUAAAUUAUUGGUUUCCGGCUUUGGCUUUCGGUCAAUAUGGCGUAUUAUCUUCUCAGACUAAUGGAUUGAGACGAUCCAGCCUCGCGAAUUCAAAUUACCCGUUUGGUUUUUCUGGGAAUUAUAGCUGUGUGAUAAGUUAUGCAAGUGCUGCGGAGGCUAUUGCUUCCGAGGAAGACUUGUCGGGGUCAGAUGAAGUGCAAGAACUGUUGGAGGAAAUGAUUAGAGAAGACAAGGUGUUGGAGUCCCUUUCAAGGCAGCCGAAGAAAAUGGUGGCGGGUAUGGGGGUAACGAAGUAUAAUAUGCUUCGAAGGCGACAGAUAAAGAUGGAGACUGAGGCAUGGGAAGAGGCGGCCAAGGAGUACCAGGAGCUCCUGACGGAUAUGUGCGAACAGAAGCUCGCACCUAAUCUUCCAUACAUGAAGUCUUUGUUUCUGGGUUGGUUUGAGCCCUUGCGGGAUGCCAUUGCUGAGGAUCAAGAAUCUAGCAAGCAAAAGAAGCACAAACCUUCUCAUUAUCCUCAUUUUGGUCAAUUACCGGCGGAUAUGAUGGCGGUCAUUACAAUGCAUAAGCUGAUGGGAUUGUUGAUGACUAAUACCGGAGGAAUAGGCAGUAGCAGGGUCGUGCAUGCCGCUAUCCAGAUAGGCGAAGCAAUCGAACAUGAGGCCAGGAUACACAGGUUUUUGGAGAAGACAAAGAAGAAGAAGAAGAAGAGCACAACAGUAAAUAAAGCAGAAGGCAAAUCUAAUGAUGAAACAGAUAAGAAACCAGAAGGUGAAUUUGAUCCCAUUAUUGAUGGACAAGAAAAGCCAACCAAAGAACAAGAGAAAUUAAGGAACAAAGUAACUAAACUGAUGAAAAAGCAAAAGGUGCGUCAAGUAAGGGGAAUACUGAAAGAACAAGAUGACAUGGAACCUUGGGGUCAGGAAGCUCAAGUUAAGGUUGGCUGCCGCUUAAUUCAAUUGUUGACUGAAACGGCCUACAUACAACCUCCAAUCGAACAAUUAGGAGAUGGUCCACCAGAAAUUCGGCCAGCAUUUGUACACUCCCGUAAAACUUUGAUGAAUGAAACACAUAAGUGCAGCAGGAGAUAUGGUGUUAUUGAAUGUGACCCGCUAGUUUGCAAAGGACUUGAGAAAACUGCUAGACACAUGGUUAUUCCGUAUAUGCCUAUGUUAGUGCCUCCUCUAAAGUGGAGAGGGUAUGACAGAGGGGCAUACUUGUUUUUACCAUCCUAUGUAAUGCGAACACAUGGAGCAAAACAACAACGUCAAGCACUUAAGAGGGCUCCAAUGAAUCAAUUAGAACCUGCUUUUGAGGCUCUGGAUACCCUUGGAAAUACGAAAUGGAGGGUAAACAAAAGAAUACUUAGUGUGGUGGACAGAAUAUGGGCUAGUGGAGGCGGUCUUGCUGAUUUGGUUGACCGUGAAGAUGUUCCUUUGCCAGAGGAACCAGACACAGAAGAUGAAGCAGAAAUUCGGAAGUGGAAGUGGAAAGUCAAAGCCACAAAAAAGGAGAAUAGCGAGAGGCAUUCACAGCGGUGCGAUAUAGAACUUAAACUUGCUGUUGCUCGGAAGAUGAAGGAUGAGGAAGGCUUCUACUACCCACAUAACCUUGAUUUCCGAGGUCGUGCGUACCCCAUGCACCCAUAUUUAAACCAUCUUGGUUCUGAUAUAUGCCGAGGCAUCCUAGAGUUUGCAGAGGGGCGCCCUCUUGGAAAGUCAGGCUUAAGGUGGUUGAAGAUACAUUUGGCAAAUCUGUAUGCUGGAGGUGUAGACAAGUUGUCCUAUGAGGGUCGGGCAGAGUUUACUGAGAGCCAUCUAGAUGAUAUCUUCGAUUCUGUGGACAGGCCUCUUGAAGGAAAGAGGUGGUGGUUGAGUGCUGAGGAUCCUUUCCAAUGCUUGGCAGCUUGUAUUAAUCUCUCAGAAGCGUUGAGAAGCUCCUCUCCAGAAACUACUGUUUCACACAUGCCUGUCCACCAAGAUGGUUCAUGUAAUGGCUUACAACACUAUGCUGCCCUUGGGAGGGACAAGUUGGGAGCAGCUGCAGUAAAUCUUGUUGCGGGAGACAAACCUGCAGAUGUUUACUCUGGAAUUGCUGCCAGAGUCCUUGACAUCAUGAGGAGAGAUGCGGAGAAAGAUCCAGCAACUAAUCCAAAUGCAUUGCACGCAAGGCUUUUAAUCAAUCAGGUGGACCGGAAAUUGGUUAAGCAAACAGUGAUGACAUCUGUAUAUGGUGUCACUUACAUUGGUGCCCGUGACCAGAUCAAGAGGAGAUUAAAGGAGCGUUGUGCCAUUGCAGAUGAUGAAGAAAUGUUUGCUGCAUCUUGCUAUGCUGCAAAGACCACAUUGACAGCAUUAGGAGAGAUGUUUGAAGCUGCAAGAAGUAUAAUGAGCUGGCUUGGCGAUUGUGCAAAGGUUAUAGCUUCGGAGAAUCAGCCUGUGAGAUGGACCACGCCUCUUGGGCUUCCUGUUGUCCAACCCUACCGUCAAUUGGGAAGGCACCUUAUUAAGACUUCUCUUCAGGUGUUGACAUUACAACGAGAAACUGACAAGGUGAUGGUUAAGCGGCAGAGGACAGCUUUUCCCCCAAAUUUUGUGCACUCGCUUGAUGGUUCACACAUGAUGAUGACUGCCGUUGCCUGCAAAAAGGCAGGCCUUAACUUUGCAGGAGUCCACGAUUCAUAUUGGACACAUGCAUGUGAUGUUGAUGAGAUGAACAGAAUACUGAGAGGAAAGUUUGUUGAACUCUACAAGGCACCAAUACUUGAGAAUUUGUUGGAGAGCUUCCAGAAGUCUUUCCCAAAAUUGGAAUUUCCUCCCUUACCAGAGCGGGGAGACUUUGAUCUCAGAGAUGUGCUGGAAUCUCCCUAUUUCUUCAACUAGUUUGAGGCAGAUGCCUACUUUGGCAGUUUCCCUUAUUAACUUGGACUCUCUAUCUCUCUCAUUCAGUGGAAGGUGAUGACAGCUUAACUUUUUCA